GCUCUCGGUGCGCCUUAGCGCACGGGCUUCACAGAAAAUGCGCCCAUCUUCUUCCUCACUCUCUCCUAUUUUACACCCCCAUUUUCUCUCUCUCUCUCUUUAUUUCUCUCCCUCUCUCUUGCACACACACCAACACACACACUCACGUGUACACACACACACACACACAUCCAUGCGAAACUGGCAUUCGUCACUGACGGAGUAACACACACUGCGUGGGUGUGAGGCGGAAAACCCCGAAUUGGUCGUGUUUCUGAACGGCUAAAUGCGUUCCUGCUCUCCGUGAUCACCUGCGUUCGACCAGGGUUAACGUUAUCUCUGGAAGCUAUUUUUUUAUGAAGAUGCGCGUCGAGCUCCAGAAACACAGCCGCAUAUCUGAGAGUGUGACGGGUUCUCAAGGACAGUGGACAUGUCUGUAACCGGACUAAACAAGACUGCAACGAACAUCUGAAUAAAAACUCAGAUAGGAGAAGAAAAGACAUGCAUUUGCAACAGGAAUUGUAAAAUUCUAUGCUUUUGACUGAAAAUAAUCUGGAAAAUAGUCUGAAAAAAGGCUGAUCUCACACACAUCUGUUUAUAGUUUUUAAACCAUUCGAGCGCCGACAUCUCAUAAUCAUCAUGGCUCAUCUGAUCCGGCACAAAAUCUCCAACAAGAUCACGAACGCGAUGAACACGGCCUCCAACAAGUCGCAGGCGAAGGUAAGCGGCGCGUUCGCGCGCAUGGGCUUCCAAGCGGCCACGGAUGAGGAGGCGGUGGGCUUCGCCGAGUGCGAUGAUCUGGAUUAUGACUACAGGCAGGGUAUGCGAAUGUCCUCGCUGCAGACGGACGAGGCCGGCGGGGAAGUGGACGGAGAAGGUGGGCUGGAGGGGGACAGCCGCUAUCAGCGGGAUGGCACGGGGCCGCGGGGCUCACGCGGCAGCACUGGCUUGUGUGAGGAACUGGGCGAGACGGACAAACCCAAGAUCACGGCUUGGGAAGCGGGCUGGAACGUCACUAACGCCAUCCAGGGCAUGUUCGUCCUCGGCCUCCCAUACGCCAUUCUGCACGGCGGCUACCUCGGCCUUUUCCUCAUCAUCUUUGCCGCCGUGGUGUGCUGCUACACGGGCAAGAUCCUAAUAGCGUGCCUGUACGAGGAGAACGAGGAUGGCGAGCUGGUGCGCGUGCGGGACUCCUACGUGGACAUCGCUAACGCGUGCUGCGCGCCGCGCUUCCCUGCGCUUGGAGGCCACGUGGUCAACGUGGCGCAAAUCAUCGAGCUGGUCAUGACAUGCAUCCUGUAUGUGGUCGUGAGUGGCAACUUGAUGUACAACAGUUUUCCGGGGAUGCCCGUCUCGCAGAAGGCCUGGUCGGUGGUGGCCACAGCUGCGCUUUUGCCCUGCGCCUUCCUCAAGAACCUCAAGGCCGUGUCCAAGUUCAGCUUGCUGUGCACGCUCGCGCACUUCGUGAUCAACGUGCUGGUCAUCGCCUACUGCCUGUCGCGCGCGCACGACUGGGCGUGGGAGAAGGUCAAGUUCUAUAUCGACGUCAAGAAGUUCCCCAUCUCCAUCGGUAUCAUCGUCUUCAGCUACACGUCGCAGAUCUUCUUGCCUUCGCUCGAGGGCAACAUGCAGAACCCAAAGGAAUUCCACUGCAUGAUGGACUGGACGCACAUCGCCGCGUGCGUGCUCAAGGGCCUCUUUGCCCUCGUGGCCUACCUGACAUGGGCCGACGCCACUAAGGAGGUGAUCACGGACAACCUACCGGGGGGCAUCCGCGCCUGGGUCAACAUGUUCCUCGUGGCUAAGGCGUUGCUCUCCUAUCCAUUGCCCUUCUUUGCCGCCGUGGAGGUGCUAGAGAAGUCACUCUUCCAGGACGGAGGCCGGGGGCUCUUUCCCAAUUGCUACGGGCCAAGCGGCCAGCUAAAGUCAUGGGGGCUCACCCUGCGAGUGGCGCUUGUCGUCUUUACCCUUCUCAUGGCCAUCUUCGUCCCACAUUUUGCACUUCUUAUGGGCCUGACCGGAAGCCUCACGGGCGCCGGCUUGUGCUUUCUGUUGCCUAGCCUCUUCCACCUGAAGCUCAUGUGGCGGAAACUUCUGUGGCACCAAGUGUUCUUCGACGUCUCCAUCUUCGUGAUCGGGGGAAUUUGCAGCAUCUCCGGCUUCAUCCACUCCGUCGAGGGGCUCAUCGAGGCCUUUAAGUACAACAUUCAGGAUUAAAGCAGGGGAAGGCUGCUUUCCCCUUUUGAAAUGCUGAUGCACUCUUCUUCUGGAUGGCGACCAGCGAGCUCGCACUCAAAUAAAUAAAAAACUGCCAAUUUAUUUAUUUAUUGUUACAAACGUGCAAUAUCUCGUGUUCUAAUAGUGUGAUGAUGUGCUUUAUUUUGUCGACUUUUGUGAGCAAUAACCAUUGAGAGAUGCGCGCAAAUCCCACUGAAUAAUAACUUCCAGUAAAAUGUGCAUACACUAUACGUCCAAAAGUUUGUAGAAAUCCUCUAACUAGGGGAUGCAGCUACUGUAAAUGGCAAAACUUUCCUCCGUUUUUGUAAUAAAACAUGGUAUAUGCAAGCAUUGUACUGUUAAAGGUACCAGACUUUUAAUCUGUUAUUUAAUGUAGAAAUAUUAAGUAUGUGGUUUCAGGGGACAAAAAUACCAGGAUAUGGUUUACACGCUCAUUUACACUACACUUUGGCACCAAAAUUAAAUCUGAAAACUCCUUUGGGUUGUUAAGCAAUAAGCUAGAACUUUGAUAAUUUCGGCAGAUUUAAUAAAUGUUUACAGUUACAAGUACAUGUAUAAAAACUGGCUGUUGACUUAGGGCUUGCAGGAAUAAUGGAAUUGAUUUAGAGGUUAAAUGGGUAGAAUUAAGACAGUUACAUAACAGUUUUAGAGAUUUGAGAUGUGUCUAUUUUACAGCACUUUUUUAGUUAGACUGUCAAUGCCACUUUACUGUUUCUCCCAUAAUUAUCAUGUGUUUUCAAAACUAUACAGUCCACAUAUGGGAACUAGCUGCACCACAGAAUGUGCCCAUUCUGUUAAAAACGCCAGUGCAUUGACAUAACAAACCUGUAGUACCCCCACUUAUGCACAUUCAUUUAAUAUAUAAUCUUUAAAAAGAUUCUUCAAGUGUUCUUUAGUGUAAUGUAAAGGCAUUCUAAAUGAUAAAUGAGAUCAAAACCUUCUAAACGUAUAUAUUUUAAUGUCAUGUUAACCUCUACAGAAGAGCAAUGGAAGUGCUCCAGUGACAAUGGAUACAUUUGGGAUGAGAUAAAGAACGCAUUUAACAUCAGUAUCUGACAUUAUCUGUGGCUGAAUGGAAAACAACUGCAUAAAUAAACUGACUAUUAAUUCCCCCUGAUUUUAGGAGAAAUGUUUCACGGAAAAGUGUCUACAAACAUUUGGACAUAUACUGUGAAAUGAGUGCCAAAGGCAGGGAAGCCCUUGAUAACUUAUUUUUUCAGCACUACAACGUUAAAUUUUAGACCUAUAAGAGUAGUUGGUGCUAUAUUUUAUGAGAUAUGGGCCUAUAUUAAGCGGGUUAAUUGUUGAUUAUUUUAGCAAACGGUAUCCAAAUGAUAUAAGCAUAUGCCAAUCAGUGAAAUGCGUAACUAGUUACAGUGAGAAUGUGUGACAAAUCAAGAUUUUUUUUUUACGUUUUAUUUGAAACUAGCUGGAAUGACUGUUGCAGUGCGCACUGCAGUGAAGCUUAGAGGCUUUAUUUGAUGGUAAGAUGAAGCAUCUCGAAGCAGCAGGGAAAAUCCACAGAGCACACCAACCGAGCUCGCCAAAUAUGGGAUUAGAAAAGAAAUCAUCCGUGUCAGAAGUCCUCAGUAGCCUAAUUUCUUCCAGUAGACCAUAUUACGUUAAUCCCUCCAACCCCCUGCCGUAGACGUUUCGUCAGUGUCUUUGGUGUUCAGCGUGUGUAUCACAUAAUUCGUGAGUGAAUAUGAAGUGCAAGUAUAAAUGGCCUGUUGAAAAGUUAACUGAGCUGUAUGUUAAAUGUGACUCAGAUGUAAAAUAAAUGAAUAAACAAAUAAAGAUGUUAAAACUG